AUGUCGAAUAUAUAUCUUACAAAGAUCUCCGAUUAUAAUUCCAAGAUGUUUAAUAAACCAUUUGGGAUAUUUGUGUUUUUAGUUCCAUUAUUUUUAUUUAGAGUUAAUGGUCUAGAAGGUCAAGAUUUACUUUUGGAAAUUAAUAAUAAGGUGAAAAGAAAGCAUCCAAAUAUAGAUCCUAACUUAGACUGGCAAUUAAAUGUGUAUGUGAAAUUUUAUGAGAAUGAUCAAUCAAUUAAGAUACAUUGCCCUCGUGGUACAUUAGAUACUCCGUUUGGUAGGACAUUAGGAAGAGCUAUUCUUCGUAACUUUAAGACGUUUUUUCCUGAAAAUUCCCGAGUAUCUAAAACAAAACUUUCUCUUAAUAUGCCUCAAGCCCCAUUUACAAAUGCAAUGGAUAUACUUAAAGAUGGAUAUGAAAUGUCGUUAAAAAAAUUACUUGGCUAUAAUAUUAAAGAUAUAAGUUCAAAAAGUACUACAGGAAUGGUAGAAUCUAUUUACUCACCAAGAUUUGAUAAUGCCGUAUUAUCAUCUCCUACAACAUUACCUGAGACUCCACUCUUUAUACACCCAGUAUAUGUAUUUUAUAAAACAGAUAAUGAGAGAAAAGAUCAGGAAAGUAUGGUACAAUUUAUGAUUCAAUUAGGAUUAAAAGUUUUCCACACAUUUGGAACUCCUCAACAGUUAGAAACAAGUAUAAUAUCUACUUCUGCAAGAUAUCCAGAUAUAAUAUCUCCUACAAAAUAUUCAGAUAUAAUAUCUACUUCUACGAAAUAUCCAGAUGUGAUAUCUACUUCCGUAAGACCUCUAGAAUUUGGAUCUACUAAUCUUUUAUCAAAUAAUACAACUAAUGAAAUAAAGCCAUUACCUGAAAAGAUUGUAGAGCUAUCACCCUCACCUAUAAUUGCAAGUUUAGAAUCAACUGGUCAAAAGUCUUCUUUAGAACUUAAAAUUCCCAAUACUCAUAUGGUUACUCAAGGUUUUAAUCCAAGUCCUGUUAAUCAUAAUAUAUUAAAUUCAAGUCCUCAAAAUACCUUCAUUCAAUCUUUUGUUCCAAUAGCAUCUCCAGAUCUUUCUAGUCCUCAUAUAAUUGGAUAUCAUAGUGCUGAACAUACUUAA